AUGAUGACUGGUUACAACGCAUGGGUCACAAGUCCACAAUUGGAACGAGAGCAUAUCUUGCUGUACAAUGAUAUGCAUGCAUGCAUUUCAAAAAAUGAACUUAAAAAAGGAACUGGGAUGAGUAACAUUGAAGUCCUUGUUGAUAAUGGGAAGGUUGCGGAGAUUAGUGGAGAGUGGAAGCCACAAAAAGAGUCAAAAGCAAGUGAUUGGAGGUGUGACCAUUGGUGGGAAUAUGGAUAUGUUCGAAGGUUAGAGGUCCCAAAAGAUGCAGAGAACAAUGAAUAUGUGCAACUAGGAAGAAUUUCACAUAAAACUAUGAUAUCAUUUUCUUAA